UAUGAAAUAAUUCUUAACAGCAGCUAUUGUAACUUUGUUAAUGACAGCAGGUUAUUAUCAUCUUUAAGAUGAAAAUAAAUCAGAAUUUGAAAUUUGGGCAAUGAAAAAUAACAAAUAUUAUACUGAAAGCGAAAAAUUGUACAGAAUGGAAAUAUAUAAUUCCAACAAAAGAAUGAUUGAAGAACAUAACUAAAGAGAGGAUGUCACUUAUUAAAUGGGUGAAAAUUAAUUUAUGACUCUCACUCAUGAAGAAUUUGUCGAUCUUUAUUUAUAAAAGAGUGAAUUCUUUAUUGAUCAAUUGGAAGUAUAAUUACCUGAAGGAUAACUCGAAGGAUUAACUGCUGUUGAUUGGAGAAAUGCCACUACAGUCAAAGAGUAAGGAUAAUGUGCUUCUGGAUGGGCAUUUUCUGUCAGUAACUCUUUAGAAGCUUGGUAUUAAAUAAGAGCAUAUUAAAAAAUAAAUGCAUCAACAUAAUAAAUUGUUGAUUGUGAUUUUAAUUCUUCUGGAUGUUCUGGAGGUUAUAAUGCUUAUGCUAUGGAAUAUGUUCAAAGAGUAGGAUUAGCAAACACUUCAAAUUAUCCAUAUGUCGCCAAAAACUAAACUUGUAAAUAAACAAGAAAUGGUACUUAUUUCAUUAAUGGUUAUUCAUUUGUUGGAGGAUCUUAAUCAAAUGUAUAAUAUUACCUCAAUAAUUAUCCAAUAUCUGUAGGUGUUGAUGCUAGCAAUUGGUAAUUUUAUAAAUCAGGAUUAUUCUCAAAUUGUACAUCUAAUGGAACUAAUCAUUAUGCUUUGGCUGUUGGUUUUGACAGUGCUAAUAAUUGGAUUGUUUAAAAUUCUUGGGGAACUUAAUGGGGUGAUUAUGGAGUCAUCAAAUUGUAUCCUUAAAACACAUGUGGAAUUUUAAAUUAUGCUUUCCAAAUAUAUUGAGU